AAGGGGUGGGGAGCUGAGUGCGCUCCGCGCCGACGGGACUGCCGGACAGAAAGCGAAAAGGAGCCGCCGCUCUGCGGACGGGGAAAGCGCCGGGUCUGCGCUGCAGAUCGCUACGGAGCCCGAGGAAUCGAGCGGCUGGAGGACUGGCGGCAGCGGCGGCAGCAGCAGCAGAGGCGGCGGCCAGCCAGCCCGCCCGUCCGUCCGGCCAAGGUGGCCAAGCUGGGUGUCGCUGCCCUGCUCGCCCCGAGGGGAAAGCAAGGCGUCGUCGGAGGCUGCGGAGAGCAAGGCGGCACCAGUGGGCGGGCUCGGCUAACCCUUGCCCUCAAAAGGGGGCUACCUCUGCCGUGCGGCCAAGGCUCCCUCUGGACGGAGCUACAAGUGCUGAGGGGAGCGGCGCGAGAAGUUUGCCGUCCGUGGGGAAGGAAGGCGGUCGAGCGGGACAACCUUUCCGGGGACCUCCGGCAGCUGGUCGCCGUGGUUCGGGCCCUUCCUCGCCUUCCCCUCGCGCCCUCAGAGGCAUGCCCCUGCCUGCCGUGCCCUCCUGGAGCCCAGCCUUCUGCGCCUUCGGGUAGCGACCUUCCCUUCCCUUCCUUCCUUCCUUCUUUCCGGGCGGGCGGGCAGCUUGCCCGCUUGCUGGGGCGCGCGUGGAUGCGCACGCGCGGCGCCCCUUCGCUCGGGACUCGCGGGAGGGUUCGCCACUAGGCACCCAGCCGCCGAUCGCCUUGGCUUCUGCUGCCGCGCCCCGUCUGGGAUCUUUCCCCGAGGAAAGCGAAGAACCAAACGCCGCUUGGCGCCGACGGGCGGCUUGAAAGGCUCGUGGAAAGGCAGCCUUGCCUGCCUCCUUCCCUCCGCUCUUAGAAGGGAAAAGUUGGUGGUGGUUGCCGAUGAAUCUCCAUCCUCGAAGGGGAGGAGGAGGAGGAGGAGGAGAAACCGGGCUUUAAGAGGUCGUCGCCCGCUGAAACAAAAUGUCUUCUGGUUUGGCUGGGCUGAAGAGACCCCUCUGGACACCUCAGGAUGAUUGCUGACAGCCAAAUCCUGUGGUCCUCCUCUAAGAUGUUUCUAUUUGGGAUUAGGUGCGUCGAAAGGCGAGGGAGUCCUGGCUUGUGAAACUUACCUUGAGUCUCCCUCCCCCUCUCUUUUUUUUGGCUUUGGGGGACUUAUGGCUUCAAUGGCUCCAUCUCUUAAGCGAAGCAGUAGGAAAGAUGCCAACGUCCUGCCGAGUGCAUCCUCAACUUUCUGGGCAGUCAUGAUCUUGGUUGGCCUUUUAAUUGCUUAUUGCAGUCAGUUGGCUGCAGGUACAUGUGAAAUUGUUACUUUGGACAGAGAUAGCAGCCAGCCUCGAAGAACUAUAGCCCGACAAACAGCUCGUUGUGCAUGUAAAAAAGGACAGAUUGCCGGCACUACAAGGGCAAGACCAGCAUGUGUAGAUGCACGCAUUAUUAAAACAAAACAAUGGUGUGAAAUGCUUCCAUGUUUAGAAGGAGAAGGCUGUGAUUUGCUAAUCAAUAGAUCAGGCUGGACCUGUACACAACCCGGUGGGAGAAUAAAGACAACCACGCAUGACAGUGGUGACAAAAACUCCUCUGAAUAUAAUUGCACUUGGAGGUCUCCUGACAAAUGCAGCAACGAAGAAAUCUUGUAGGCGUUUUUAGGCUCGGUGUGAGCUACAUUCCCUAAUCAAGUUUCAUUGCUGUGGAUCAUCAUCCAUUUUAUGUCAUCGAUUCAACUGUCUAUUUCUCUGUAUUUCAUCGAAGAAGGCAUAAUUCUACAUUAUGAGCUAAAAGUCUGUUCUACCGUAUUAAAGAAAGUUGGACUAAGGAAUCAAGAUCUAAGAGAAAGGCUUGGGCGUUAGCAAUACAACAAUCAAAACCACAAGUUCACGGUUAAUAUUGCAUCUGAGAUAUGUUCCACUGCUGGACAUGAUCUGUGGUUACAAUAAUCUGAAAAGUCAACUAAACUGAAGAGUACUCAUCCCAACCAGCCUUAGAGAAGACUGUUUUGUCUACAGAAGGACACUAAGGUAUAGAAGACAAUUUUUCUUGUGCCCUAGACUGCCUGAAUUGCUUUUAUUUUCUUAUGUUUCAGUAUAUACAAUAGACCAAAGAGCAAAAUCUAUUUUAAAGUGGACACGAUGUUACUGUUAACAAGAUUGUUUAGAUUCAACAGUAUGAAAACCACCCUGUACAAAUUCAGUUCACUCUGUGAGGAAACGUUACUUUCCAGCAAAAGCCUUUAUGGGGCACUGCAGAAGAAGCUGGAACUCCUCUUGGAAAAAAGUAGUACCCUAAAAAUCACAAGGGAACAUGGAGAGAUUAUGACCAAUCUUAAAGAAGAAAACAGAACUUUUGAUUCAAAACAAGACAAACUGUCUACGCACCAUUUUACUCUGUGCUUAGAUUGACUUAUCGUACUAAAAUCAUUCUAAGUUUAAGCAGUUCAACAUGCCUCUUCUAUGGUUCCAUUCUUUGAUCGUUAAAAGUUGGAUAAUACAGUAUUUGCAAAGAGCAUGUUUGGUCAUCUGUGGCCUAUGUCUCAUCCGAUACAUUUAGCGCCAGAAAGCAAAUUCAGGGGGAAGAGGGGGGAAGGGGAAAGUAACACUUGUUUGAAAGAGAUCAUUAAAUGUAUUUUGAAAAGCCUAAAGUUAUAUAUUUAACAGUUUUUAUAUGUUGUAUAUUUGUAGAAAAUCCUAUUUAACAAUUAACGUGGACGGUCAUGACAAAAAGGUUCCGAGUUGAGUUGUUGUUUUUAUUACUUCAGUUGUCUCUGAAGUAACUGAUGUAGUUUGCUUUCUUCCAUUGGGACAUUCUGGAUGUAAAGCAUGACCUGAGAGGAAUCUGUAGAAAAGCAAAGAAUAAUGGUGUUUAUAUUACAUAAAUGCAUUCAACCAUUGCACUGUUGAAAGGCUUCCUUUCUCUCUUCCCUUCCUCUUCCUCUUUUCUUUGUUUCUUUUCUUUUUUUGUUUUCUUUCCUUCCUCUUCUUUUUCCUUUUCCUUUUCCCCCUCGGAAGGGAGUGAUAGUCUUUUAAAUGCCAGUAAAACAGUGUAAAAUAGUUGAAUAGUCAUUACUUUCCAUACUCAGUUGCAUUCUUUCUAUCUCCCCGCCAUGCCAUUCCCCCUUCCUAAUUUAAUAUAAAGGCCAGCUUGCUCCUUGAUCAAGAUUUUUUUUUUACAACACAUUUUUGAAAACUCCCUUAUUCAAUAUUACGGUAGGAAAAAAGCUAAAGUAAAGUGGUAUUUCAAAAAGGAAAAAAAAAAGGAAAAACAUUGAUACCUUCAAAUAUAGUAUCUCCUUUGUCUAUAAGUCUGGCUCAUAGUGAUAUGAUUAGGUCAGAAAAUGGGCUUACUUCUUUCCCCCAAAAAUAUUUGUCAAUAUUAAAGUUAUUCCCAAUGUCCACUGUAGUAUACUACCUAAAUACUCCAAUUAACUUUUAGUAUUAUGCUAGUUCUAUGCUACUAAAGAAAAAUGUAUAGGGAUUGUUCAAACAAUCAUAGAUAAGAGGUAUGGGGGAAAAUAGUUCAUUUAAUCAAGACCUCUCCCAGUUUUCAAUAUUAUUUUAUUGCACAAGUUGAGGAAAUCAUGAAUUAUAGGUGACAGUGUCUAUGAAUAAAACAUAUGUGAUGAUGGUCUUACUUCAUUGUAAAAGUUCUGAUCAGUGUCCAGGUAGCAAUUAAAGCCCAGCCACUUGAAAAGUAUUAUGAACUGACUGCACUAUAAACUACCAAUGUCUGAUUUAGAAUGUCAUGCAAUAAAUGAUGGUAGAUACUUCACCUGUAUAAUAAGAAUUGGAGUGCCAGAUCCCUCACUCUACUGUUAUUAUUUUUCCUUUUCUUUUUUCCUUUUUCCUUUUUUUUUUUUUUUUGGAGGGAGUGUAGUAGCCUUAUUUAGUCAAUACUGAACAAAACUUAAAAUGUUUCAACUUUUUUUGUUGCUUUACAGUAUUC